UUGCAAGCGAAUGGCGCCUUAAGGGGUAGAACAUUAAGACAACUGAAUGGGAAAAUGCCACGAAUAGGAGGGCAGGACAGGUAAUAUCAGAAUAUUGAACGUCAAAAUCAUACGCAAUUAGGGUAAAAGUAGUUUGUUGUUUAAGUUUCAUUGUGGCUUAAAAAAAAUUGAUAUAACUCAUAAAAUGAUACAAUUAGAGGAAAAUUACACACACAUAUAGAAGUUUCAUGAUUCAUGUUUUAAAGUGUCAUUCUCUCUCGCUUGCUAAGAGGGGGAAGAGGCAGGGACUUUUUAAAAAAGAGAUGAGAUUAGAACGAGAUAUCCGUGAAAGCGCAAAAACCUCCACCUAAUUAUUACCGACAAGCUAGUACCGGCAAGCUAUCGGAGAGCCUCAAGUGCUUUAGACCGAGCUAUCCCUAAAGAACGUCAAAGAAAGCGCCUUAUUAAACCCUGGCGGAAGUUCACUUCAACUUUUUGAGCAAGGCGAAAGCUUGAUUGUUUGAGUUUGUAUAAUUCCAUUCAGUAUAGAGGCUCGCGCAAGGUGUGUUUGAAUAGCAUAAGAUCUAAACGCAAAUCGCAUUAGGAUUUUGUCUGUCCACGCGAAUACGCGCCUCGAAAAAUACAGAUAAAGGUGAUAUACAAAUCUUUAUUAUUUACUGUUCAUUUUUUCUUUUUGAUUAAUACUUUUAGAGAAUAGAUUUUUAAGAAUAGAAAAAGGAAAAAGGAAAAGAAGUGAUGUGAAUAAGGCCCUGUGAAAAAACUAUGUUUUAAUAUGAAACCAAGAAAGCAGCAAAAGCUAAAUCAACAUUAUACCGAAGUCGUUUAUUAAACGACAGAAACUUACCUAUAAUCUAGCGACAGCUAUAAUAGCAUUUUCAUUUAAUUUAUUUUUAAGCUUGAAUCCUAGUGGAUACAAUUGUUGUAUUUUCUGCAAAACGUAGAUUUAAGCUGCAAUAUCUCCAGCAAUCCGGAAGCAAUAUAAGACCAAAUGUUUAUUAUUACUUUUUGCUAGGAAAGAAGCGAAUAUGAGUUCUAUUUUUGUUACAGGUUAUCUUAAAAGCGCACUUAGUAGUAAGGUUUGGCAGGUGAGAAGAUUAAAACUGGUAUCUGAAAAUACUGGACCAUGCAAAGGAAAACGAUAGUCUUCAUUGUCCCAAAAGCGUAAAAGAAUAAUGGAUUGUUCUACCUAUCGAAUUGAUAUUCCGUGCCGAAAAUAACAACAUAACCUUUACGACUUGAGUACUACGUCAUAAAUUUAAACUGGAACUUCUUGUGCCAGUGAUGGAUAGGAGAUCAUUAUAGGAGUGUCGUAGGAAUAAGAUAACUAUAGUUUUACGCGUUUAGUCAUCCCUUUAGAAAAAGAAAAAAGCGAGAAAUCUUCGUAGCGUAGCGUAUAGUUAUAGAUCCACUACGAGGCGCUUUGAUUAAAGCGACAUUGGGCAUUGUCCAAGUACUAGUUCAUUCUGUAAAUUUUCACACAAAAAACCUACUGAUUAGUUUUAGUAGUAUAAAUAGCCCGUAAAUUAAGUGUUUUUUUUCUAGAGUUUGUGAGUGAGAAUGUGUACUUCUGUACGGUUUCUGUCAACGUAAUGACAGCUUGUCGUUGGCAAAUCCGGCAAUACAAAGCAAUAAACCUCGAAAUCAUCUCAAUUAAACCUUGAGGCUUUUUUUCAUCUGCAUGCCUAAAAGGGCGAGAAAUCGAACUCGUUGAUCCCCGUACGGCGAGAAGCCCGCCAAGUGCUUCAGUAAAGAAACGACAGUUACCAUGGUUACUAUACUCUGCUGUCGAUGAAUGCAUCAAUUAAUCUAGAAUUACAGGCGUUCUUUUUCCAAAGACUGACUUGUGAAGAGUGUUUGUAAGUAACUUUCACAUUACAGAAAGGCAACACAAACGUUCGCUACAAGUUUGACAUCUCCCUCCGAGAGGUCUCUCGCAAGGCGCGGAAAAGUUUUGACUUGCUUACCUUCUCUAUCGGAGUAGCAUUACAGUCACUCAUUGCAGAGUCUUUAAAAAGUCUCAGAGACAUAUUUAUUUGAAAGGGAAUUAGAAAUGGGAAUCGAGAGGCUUUUACAGGGAAAGUUUGACGAUUUUAUUUAAAAUAAUACUUUAUCAUUUCUAAAACUUCCAAAAACCUGUAAGAAUUAGUUAUUAGUUUAUUUAGAAUCUAAAAAUAUAGGAAAGCUAGAGAAUCCCCCUCUAGAGGUGUUAAAGGGUCCAUCUAAUUAUCUCAAAUAAAUCAAUUUAUGAGAGCAGAGGGCGGAAGUACCAUAGAAGUCAUCGAGACGCCAUGAGAGACGAGACAAUUGCUGCCAUGAUCAUAGUAAAUAUAUUAUUGGACAGAGGCUGGGUGCACGCACGUGGAGAUAAGAUGGUAUCUGCGAUUUCCUGGUCAUUAACGAUCACAUAUUCCAUUUGAAAGCUCGGCUCUAACGAAGCCUCUUUUCCUUAGAAAAAAGGAUUAGUAUAAUGUUGGGUCUCUUAUACACACCAAUUUGUCAGGGCGAUUGGCAACCGGAGCAUUUAAAUGCUGCAAUUUGUUGGGCCUUUUUUGAGUAGUUAGGUGAAAAAAUUGCGUCAGAUUUUUAAAAGUCGGGCCAAUACCAAAACGCACAUAAACGGUCCGACAAAUCGGUGCGUGGACAAAUGGGUGCCUUUUAAUCAUCGAAAGAGAUACGGGAAGAAAACUGCAUUCACAAGACAAAAAAAGACAAAAGAAAAGAAAAAGUAUUCUUUUAUAUUUUUAGGGAUAUUCUUUGGAGAAUGGAGCGUGUUUAAUAAUUGAACGAGCAGGCGAGCACUAAGAGUCCCUUCUUGCGACAUCUGUGCCGGAUCUGGGUGAUCUUGGCUACGAUCCCUUAUCUGCUUACCUACUGCUGAUUCAAGAGGAUUAACAAACAAGAGUUGUCUCAACACUCGUGAAGGCGCCAACAGGCCUAACAGUUUGAGUUGACGAACAACUAAAGCGGUUGAAGAGCACUCAAAACUUGAGAAUAUUAACACAAGUCUAGUUACAUAUUAACACAGCCGAGACAAGUAACAAAAAAGUAAUUUAUAUCUCAGAGACGCUAUCAAAACGUAGCUUGGUAACCUCUUCAAAUGGUUUUAAUGUUCAGUGACCUAGGUCGACAAAGCUUGGUAGCCACGUAAAAGAAGACGCUGGUUUCAUUUUGUCAGUCAAGUCAAGUGUGUUCAUCCAAGUGCAGGAAACGACUUAGCAGCCAGUCAGAAGAUAGAUUUUGUAACCAGGCAGAUGACCCUCGUUGAGUGAGUCUUAAUCAAAUCUCGCACAAGCUGAAACUUGGUGACCACGCCUCGUGGUUAUCUGUUGCGCAUAAUAUAACUUUCACUUUGUGUGUCAAGGCAUGAGCGUGGAUUUGUCGCUGUGGUGCGCGGCGGAGGGGGUGGUGGCUUUCUUCGUCAUCUUCGGCAACGUCCUGUCGAUCAUAGUGUUCGUGACCAAUCCGCGCCUUCGAUGCAUGCGUACUUCAAUACUGCUCAUCAAUCUCUCGGUCGCUGACCUAAUUGUGGGCGCAGUGACUAUCCCCAUGUACAUGUCGGUUAUUUGGCCUGGGAGCAACUUCACGCUACAUAAAAACUUCCAUUACUACUUGUCUUUCAUCGCCAUCGACCUGCUGUCGGGCUUCGGCUCCGUGGUGGGGUUGACCAUCAUCGCGAUUGAACGCUUGUACUCGGUCCAGUUUCCCCAGCGACACCGUAACACCACGCGGGCGGUGUAUUAUGGGCUCGUAGCGGCCACGUGGGUAUUGGCAGGCCUGCAGAUGCUGUUACGGAUCCUACACGGCUACAGCUACAUCUCAUUCACAGCUUUCUUCUACUGCAUGGUGGUCUCACUCACGGUCUGCCUGUGUAUCAUCUGCAGUUCCUACUCAGCGGUCUGGGUACGAGUGCAUUUCAAGAGACCAGCGCAGCGCACACAGACACGUGACCACACGCGCGAGAUGAAGCUGGCCGCCACGCUCGCAAUCAUCACGGUCCUGUUUGUGCUUACGUGGAUGCCGUUCCAUAUUCUCAACAUAAUUUGUUUCUUCACCAAGUCGUGUGAAGGAGUACCGCCUGCGAUAGUGUACUCUUUCAAGCUGUUGCAUUACUCAAACAGUCUCAUCAACCCUGUGGUGUAUUCCUCACGUUUCCCAGAGUACCGCAGGACCAUCAGAAAGGUGUUGUGCUGCCGGUCUCUUGGGACCAUCAGCCCCGGACAAAGCAUGGCUAAUCUAGACGGUAGUCACAUCAACACACAAGGGUCGCCUUUCGCUUCACCUUUGGUGAUCAGACGGAAUGCGGCCAACACGCAGGGAGUGUCACCAACAAUUCAAAUCAAUAAUGUCACAUGAUCAGACCACGUGAUCAGAUCACGUGAUAAGGCUCUUCAAUAUGCCGGCAGGUCAAUUGUCACAAGCUAUUCACAUUUAUUAACAUCACGUGAUCUAAGGCGCGUCAAUAUGUCGGAAGGUCAACUGUCACCCACCAUUCAAAUUAAUUAACAUCACGUGAUCAGAUCACGUGAUAAGGCGCGGCCAAUAUGCCGGUAGGGAAGAAAACGGUAGUUUAUUGGUGUUACGGAGCACCAGCACCAAAAACACAAUGGAACAAAAGCCAAAAA